AUGUCGGACCACAAGGAGGAAAGGGAAUUGGAGAAGGAAUUGGAGCUGGAGGUCCGAGAGAUGAAUAUCAAGGAGGAAGAUGGCCCGAACGCCGACCAUGUGCCUGAGACUGACACAGUGAAUGGCGAGCCACCCGUCAGCCGGGAAAGCUCUUCCACUCCGCACAUCAAUGGCGCCCCUCUAUUCAAGCCGGAAGUGAAAAGUGAAAACGGCUCGCGCGCUCCAUCACAAUCUGGUUCAUCACGAUCCCCUCCCCCGAAGGGCGAAAGCCCAUCAUCUACUCCUCUCGAACAUCCUGAAUCCGACACCGAACAAACCAUCGGUGGCGACAUCGCACUCAAGAUGGAGCCAGGAAAGGCACCAAGAUUAUCGCGAACAUCAUCGAAGAAGGUCGUGGCGAGACCACCGCCAUUAUUCGACCAUUUACCUGACUCCACGGAUGAGGCAUGCACUCAUUUUGAGGUGAUCAAUGAUUGCCAGUAUUCUGCGAAGUAUUUGGGCUAUACCGAGCCGGCGCUAGAGUGCGACUGCGCUGAAGAGUGGGACCCCAUCACCAGAGUUAAUCAUGCCUGUGGUGAAGAUUCGGAUUGCAUUAAUCGCGCCACCAAGAUGGAGUGCACCGGUGACUGCGGGUGCGGGAUCGACUGCCAAAACCUCCGGUUCCAAAAACGACAAUUCGCCGAUGUCUCAGUCAUCAAAACGGAAAAGAAAGGCUUUGGUCUACGAGCGAAUACAGAUCUGAAGGAACAGGAGUUCAUCUUCGAGUAUAUUGGCGAGGUGAUCCAGGAAGGCGCUUUCCGACGCCGCAUGAUCCAAUAUGAUGAAGCGGGCAUCAAGCAUUUCUAUUUCAUGUCGCUGAGCAAAGGCGAAUUCGUCGAUGCUACGAAGCGAGGCAACCUUGGACGAUUUUGCAAUCAUUCUUGCAACCCGAAUUGUUACGUGGACAAGUGGGUGGUGGGCGAUAAGCUCCGCAUGGGCAUCUUCGCGGAGCGCAACAUCAAAGCGGGUGAAGAGCUCGUCUUCAACUACAACGUCGACCGUUAUGGUGCUGACCCUCAACCUUGCUAUUGUGCCGAACCGAACUGCACCGGUUUCAUUGGUGGCAAGACGCAAACCGACGCAGGCACGAAAUUGUCGCAUGCGACUAUUGAGGCGCUUGGUAUCGAUGAGGAGGAUGGCUGGGACUUUGCAGCUCCUAAGAAGCCCAGGAAGAAGAAGGUGGCUGAAGACGAUGAGGACUACGUGGAUAGCCUGCAGCCCCGAUCUCUCGAUGAGGGCGGUGUUACCAAGGUUAUGGCGACCCUCAUGCAGUGCAAGGAGAAAUGGAUCGCUGUCAAGCUGCUCGGCCGCGUCCAGCGAUGCGAAGAUGAGAAAGUCACGAACCGCGUCGUCAAAAUGCACGGAUACCGGAUCCUCAAGACCACCCUGGCCAUGUGGAUCGACGAUCACAAUGUGUGUCUCCAAGUCCUCGAUAUCCUGUUCCGUCUACCUCGAAUCACCCGAAACAAGGUUCAGGACUCGAAGAUCGAGGAAACCGUGGAGAAGCUGAAAACAUGUGGAGAUGAGCGGGUGGAAAAGCAAGCGACAGAGAUCCUUGGGCUCUGGUCACAACUGCAAGUCGGCUACCGCAUCCCUCGCAUCAAACGCGAUCCCAACGCUGCUGCUUCUACCCCCACCCCAAACAAGUCCUUCGCCGACGAUCGCCGAAAUGUACGGGCUCGAUCACGGUCAAGAUCUCGAUCACGCUCUCGUUCACCCCCGCGAGGGCCGUCUGCACCAACCGGGCCUCGAGGCAGCAUGUCGCAACGGACGGGCUCUUAUCGUCCUCCACAUCGACCACCUCCUCCCCGAAAUCAACUUCCGCCGGGUUGGUUUGUCGCGCAAGCCAACGGCCGAACGUACUAUUACAGUGGCACUGGCGAGACGACCUGGACCUUUCCCACGCAGCCUGCAGGCGUUCCACAACCACCACCUCCGCCCCCGAACAAAGCCGUCACCGAUACCCAGAAACUACAAGCGAUCAUUCAAGGCAUUGUGCAGAGCAAGGAAACGACCACGCCAAGCACCGCGGAUAAGGAGCGGGAGGAGGAACAGCGGAGGAAAGACGAGGCGAAGCUUGACAAGGAACGGGAACGCGCCAAACGGAAGUCGGAGAAGUGGAAGAGCUACAGCAAGGACAAGCAGAUGAAGCUCUAUGAGAACACCAUCUUCAAGUCGGUCAUUAAAGACGCCAUGAAACGAUAUGCCAAGAAGCUGCCAUCGGAUGACUUGAAGCGCUUUGCGAAAGAGAUCAACAAGAAAAUCGUCGCCUCUGACUACAAGAACAACCGUAUCACCGACCCCACCAAGCUUACCGAGAAGCAAGAGUCCCACAUCAAGAAAUUCGUCAAAGACUUCUUCGACAAGGCCGUAGCGAAGAAACGCGAUCAUGAUAAGCGCAAGGCCGAAAAGAAGGCCAAGGAAAAUAAGGAACCCAAGAAGCAGGAUGGUUCCACAACACCCACCGAUCCCGUUCCCGAGAGCCUUCUCGCUUUCGUAGCUGGCCGUGCGAUGAAGUCGACGGCAGGGAACGGAACCCCACAAGAUGCCGAUCUCGACGACGAGAAUGACAUGCUCAACGACAUUUCCGACGACGAGGACGAUGGUGAGCCAGAAGAGACGCCAUCGUCACCGGAUCGGAAGCGGAAACGAGAUGAUGAAGGCGAAGCCACGGCGGGAGCAAGCCCAGAAGACGUGGAGAGAGGCACAUCGGAGGGCAAACGACAGAAAAUGGACACUCCUCCUCCUCCACCUCCGCCUCCUCCACCUGCAGAGGAGGACGUGCUGACUCCUGCAGAUGAAGCGGACAAGGAUGCCGAGAUGGCCGGAAUGGUCGGCGGAGACGAUCUGCCGCGCCCCGCACACGAGGACGGAAAUGGAACGGUUGAACACGAGGAGCGGAACGGAGCCAGCGAACAUAAUGGGAUACCACCAGGCAAGGAAGGCAUGAUUCGCGGCCCCAGCCCCGUGCAGCUGGCGACGCCGAGCACGAAUGGCAGCUGUGAGCGGGAGAGCGACGAUCGGGGACGCCAGCACUUCGAGGGCAUGAGCGAGGAGCGGCUGAGGAUGCUUGGGUUGAAGCAGUGA